AUGGAUUCUUAUUCCUCAUGCUUUGACACCAAAGACACCAAAUAUAGUCGUAUUCCGCCACCUGAUUGUCUAUCACCGAACCCGUGUCAACCAUCUCUAAAGGACUUGAAGAGGAUAGCAGAAUAUACUUUAACCACGCCUACUUCGAAUGAAGAGAUCAAUAAGAAGCUUAAGUCGUCCACUUUGGCUGAUGUGAAGGUUGGUGGGGUUCAGUUUCUCUUUUACAAGACGCUGUUGAUUUGUAUGUACAUGUUGUAUGCCUGCUACAGAUAUUUCCGGUACCAAUACAAUAGGAUAAAGAUCAAAUUACUUAACCUGGCAUACUCACCGUCGAAUACCCCACAAUUGAUUAGACAAGAUGUGUUGAAACUACAAAAGAUACCAAAGCGUCUUGCAUCUAUCUUAGAAUACAAAUCUGAAGGUGAAGUGGGUGGUGGCGUUAAUGGGCUAAUAAACGAUGGAAGUAAUGUUGUUUGUUGGACGGUGUCAGCUGGUAUUAAGCACCUAUCUUUAUACGAUUACGACGGUGUACUAAAACGCAAUGUUCAUAAAUUUAGGCAGGCUAUCCACGACAAGCUUGCCAAGUAUUACGGUCCGGCGAACGUUCCCAGGUUUGCCAUUAGGAUCCCUCACCUUAACAACGUAUAUUUUAAUGCACCCGGAAAAACCGAAGAGUAUGUAGAAAAAGGCAAGCACAAAAAGGUCGCCAUAGAAAUCACUUUACUCUCCGUCAGGGACGGUCGGGAAACCAUCGUGGACCUAACCAAGGCGAUGGCUGAUUUAUGCAAAGCGGGUGAUUUAAGGUUGGAAGAUAUCACUAUGAAAUUAGUGGAUACCGAAUUAACGCAGUUAGUAGGUGCCGAACCAGACCUCUUGGUCUACUUCGGCCCCCAUUUAGACUUACAAGGCUAUCCUCCAUGGCAAAUACGUUUGACGGAAUUCUACUGGGAGGAAGAUAAUGACGAAGUCAUGUACUCCGUCUUCAUCAGAGGCUUGAUACAUUAUUCCACAUGCAAAGUCAACUUAGGGAAAUAA